CCCUCCCUCCGCUCCUCGCCGCCGGGCGGCUCCGGGCCAGCCCUCCCCUUUCCUUCUCUCCCCUCCCCUGGCAGCUGCGAGCGCAGGCAGCAGCGCGGGCGGUGUGUCGUCCGCGCCCAGCUAGUGGGAGUCGAGUGACACUGUCCGUCUGUAGGAGCUGCACGGCCCCGACAUGUUCCAGCUCCUGCGAGGCUUCGUUCUGCCGGCGGCCGCCUGCGAAGGGAAUAGGGAUGGCGACUCCCGGUACGCCAACCUCUUCCGAAAACUGGACCUCAACGAAGACGGGAGGGUGGACAUUGCCGAGCUGCAGACGGGCCUCCGGGCUAUGGGCAUCCCUCUGGGGAAGGAAGCGGAGGAGAAAAUUUUUAAAGCUGGGGAUACUAACCAAGAUGGACAGCUGGAUUUUGAAGAAUUUAUGCAGUAUCUUAAAGAACACGAGAAAAAGAUGAAACUGGCAUUUAAGAGCCUGGACAAAAACAAUGAUGGAAAAAUUGAAGCGUCGGAAGUUGUCCAGUCCCUCAAGAUAUUGGGUAUAAACAUUUCAGAAAAACAGGCAGAAAAGAUCCUGCAAAGUAUUGAUGCUGAUGGGACAAUGACAGUAGACUGGAAUGAGUGGAGAGAUCAUUUUAUGUUUAAUCCCGCUGCAGACAUUGAAGAAAUAAUUCGAUAUUGGAAACAUUCAACUGUAUUGGAUAUAGGAGAUAGUUUGACUGUUCCAGAUGAGUUCACGGAGGAAGAGAAAAAGACGGGGCAGUGGUGGAAGCAGCUGUUGGCAGGAGGAGUGGCUGGUGCUGUCUCUCGAACAGGUACAGCACCCUUAGAUCGCCUUAAAGUCAUGAUGCAGGUUCAUGGUUCAAAGUCAAACAAAAUGAAUAUAGCCAGCGGUUUUAAGCAAAUGUUGAAAGAAGGUGGUGUCCGAUCCCUUUGGAGGGGUAAUGGUGUAAAUGUUGUGAAAAUAGCUCCUGAAACAGCUAUUAAGUUCUGGGCUUAUGAACAGUAUAAGAAGAUACUCACUAGCGAGGAUGGAAAGUUGGGCACUGUUGAAAGAUUUGUGUCUGGUUCUUUGGCUGGAGCAACAGCACAAACUUCUAUUUAUCCCAUGGAAGUUUUAAAGACCAGAUUGGCUGUGGGUAAAACAGGGCAAUAUUCUGGGAUGUUUGACUGUGCUAAGAAGAUUUUAAAAAGAGAAGGUCCAAAAGCCUUCUACAAAGGCUAUAUUCCUAAUAUUCUGGGUAUAAUUCCUUAUGCUGGCAUUGACCUUGCUGUUUAUGAGCUCUUAAAGAGUACAUGGCUAGAACACUAUGCAUCGAGCUCUGCAAACCCAGGUGUUUUUGUAUUGUUGGGGUGUGGCACCGUUUCCAGCACAUGUGGGCAGCUAGCCAGUUAUCCUCUCGCUCUUAUCAGAACACGCAUGCAGGCUCAAGCCUCAGUAGAAGGAGCUCCACAGCUAAACAUGGUUGAUCUCUUCCAAAGAAUUGUUGCUACAGAGGGACUCCGAGGACUUUAUAGGGGCAUAGCCCCUAAUUUUAUGAAAGUGCUUCCAGCUGUCAGCAUCAGCUAUGUUGUAUAUGAAAAAAUGAAACAGAAUUUGGGAAUAGCAUGAAAUGAAGGAAGAAGGUGAGAUACUUCUGAUACUGUUGGAAACACCAGAACAAUAAUGUUUUCUCAAGUAAUCUGCUCUCACAAUUAGAGACAGAUCUUUAUAGAGAGAUGCUGCAAUUUCCACAUUGGCCCUUAAAUGGGAAGAAACUUUCUUAAAUUUUAGUUCAUCAUUUCUAAACAGAUACCUAUAUUGCACUUUAAAAUGUCACAGAAUUGAAAAAAAAAAUCAAGAAACUGUCUUUAAAUCAGCAGUAUGUUUUUAUUUUUAGGAAAUCAUGCAUAUUUUACUCAUUGGAUUUUUUUUAAUUUGUCCUUUCUAAAUGUGUAUUUGUCUUGGAUCAAACCAAAGGUAGGAGAAGUUUAUACUGUCUUGAUACUGAAUAUAUGAAAGUGACUUUUUGUUUUGUCUCACUGCCUAUACUCAAGCAAUUCACAAGUGACAUUUUGCAUGCCUAGAAGUGAGCACUUUUGUAAUUUUUGAAGACUGAAUGUUAAGUUCACAGGAAAUAGGAUCUUGGAUACACACAAUGAUGGAAUAACACAUUAAAAUGUAGCCCAUCACCUUUGUCUUCUUUUUUAUUUUUCAUUAUUUAAAGAGCCUGAGAAACUGCUGUUCUGCAGUAUCAGAAUACCUCAAAUGGAUUUACACGGUAUUUUUGUAAUACAAUCAGCAAUUUUGAUGACUUGCUUCACUGGACCUGCUUUUCAUUGCACUUGUUCAUGUCAGCACCAUUAACCAUGGCAAAAUCUGGGUUACACCUGUAUGUUUUAUAGGCUCAUAUUACAAAGGAACAGAAAAAGCUUGGAUAUUAGAUCCAUUCCAUACAAGUGCAAGUUGCUAUUUAAAAACAGGAUGGAGGACCCAGUAUGAAGCUGGUAGUAAUUGUAGUACAGCCAAUGGCAGAGCUGUUCACAGUUGCCUUGGGUACAGGAAUGCUUCCCAUUUUGGUCUCUCCAUUCUUUCCCUUAUUCAGAGGGCUACAUCCACUAUGUGCUUUUAGCCAGUAGAGGAUUGCAUUAUUAUGCAAAGGUUUUUUUCAGUUUUGUCAUGUGAGAUCAGUCUUCUGUGCACACUGGCUGUGGGUGUGAAAUUGGGAUAAUAAAAUCCUGAAGUGUUUUAUCUGGGUGACCAAGUGGCAGUGCUGACUGCAGGUGCCCAUCAGAUUGAUGUUAAUGUAGCAUGCAAAGCGUGCACACAGAUCUGUUAGUUCUUGAGAAACAGCUCCUCCUCAGAAAACAAAGCAGCCCUUCCUCAGUGCAGAAAGUUAGGUAUUUCCAUGUACAAGUUCUUCCAAAGUGACUUCCUGGGUUUUGUUUUUUUGUGGUGUGUGUGGAGGGACACACUGUUGCCUUCAGGUCUGAACACUGAAAUAGAUUACCAAUUAUUACCAGACUUGUUUGUUAGGCUUUUUCUGUUUUCUGUAAUGUGCAGUAUCUUAAUCUUGGAAAAUUCAAUAUUAUACACACCUUGACCUUCUAAAAGCAACUUCUCUUGGACCACUUUUUGAAAUUGGAUUACUGAAGGAAGAACUUUAUUCUGUUAAGGUCAUUAAUGGUCUUUUUUUAAAACUCUUUCUAUUUUUGGGCAGGUAUGAAGGGUGCAUGAUUUUUUGUGCUUUUUGGUUUGUUUGGGGUUUUGUUUUUGUUUGUGGGGUUUGUUUUUGUUUUUUUGGUUUUUUUUUAAAGCAGACAAAUAAGCAAGCAAGCUAAAAUAACUGCCUGAAUUUCCCUUGUUCUACAUAUGCUUUGGGCCAUGUUUUUCAAACAGCAAUCACAUGUAAAUUUGUGUUCAGUGCUUCCAUGGCUGGUGUUUAUUCUCCAUAAACUGAUACAUAGCCAUUCCAUAAAAUCUGUAUUAUAACAUUUUUUAUCACAUUUCAGAAAAUGGCAGCUCUAGCUGUAUUUUGGCCUUCUCUUUAAGGAAACGUUGGACUUUGCACUUUAAAAAAAAAAAGAAAAGUCAUUCUGUCCAAAUCAUUUAUAUGUAUAAUGCCUUUCUGAUCUGAGUUUUUCUUGGUUUUGCCAAUAUCUUUGUACCUUUGUGGGAUUUGUGAGAUCAGUUGCUGGUAAUUUUGUUUGACUGUGACCAAUGAGCAAAUGUAUUGUUUGUGUGAUGUAAAGAUGACUUUAGCAUUUCUAUCUUCCAGACUUGUUCCAUUUUGUUUAUAGUGUGCAAGUGCCAUCAUGAGUAUUGAAGUUAUAGUGACUUUUUCAAAUGUUGAAAAGAUGAGGUGUUUCAGAUUUAAUUUUUCAUUAUGUGCCUUGAUGAUGACUGUAUUCAAUUGUGUAUUCUUUGUCUCUUAAAUGUAUGUUUACCUUUCUAGCUCUAUAAAACUACCAGUUUCUAAUAAACCUUUGUUUCCUUAUUUGGCUGGAGUGUGCUGAUGUGGUUUUUUUCAUGGUCUGAUAGAUAACAGUUUUUAAUUGCAUUAUAUGCAUAAUAUUCAAUAUAAAAAAUGAAGGCAACUGAUCUGAAAAUAUGUUUCAG